AAAUUUUAUUGCCAAAAUAAUAACGGAUACGCGGAAUCCGCGGUCGGUUGACAACUGUUAUAGUGGAUCCCAAGCGGUUCACGGUUUCACUCCGCCUGCCCCAAAAUAUAUAGCAGCAAUACUAGGGCUUUAAUUUAUCAUCCAAGCUCUGAUGGAGCAGCAAACUGUGGGCAGUGGAAGGUACGUUCCCUGGUCUGAUAUUCCGAAAGAACUCGCCGAGAGGAUCGGUAGUUGCCUGGACACUCAAAUUGACGUUCUUCACUUCCGUUCAGUCUGCACAACAUGGCGUUCCUCACUUGCUCCUUUCAAAACCGUUCCUCAUUUUCCUGUUGAAAUCCCCUUCCCUCUCGAUGACCGUAACAUUUAUAAAGGGAGGCCUGGUUACUAUCUCAUCGAAAGCACUGUUUACAUUUUACAACCACUUGACGGAGAUUCAAUUGAUUCGCCUUGUAAAGGAUGGUUGAUCCAGGUUAUAAAAACAGCAGAUGGAAAAUUGAAGGUUUUGAAUCCACUGACAGGCAGGGAAAUACAGAAUCAUAUGCCUAAGGUAUUGAAUUUACUGGACUUUCGCGUUUCUCACGUUUGCAAAUCUUAUCAUGUGCAGUACUACAUUCCCUCGAAACCUUUGUUCAGUGGUUAUGAUGUCGGUUAUGUUAGGAAAAUUUUGCUUCUUAUGAACCACAAUGCAGGGAAUGAGAAGGAUAGUUUUUCUUUAAUGGCCAUUGAUCGUGAUAAUCGGUUAUGUUAUUUGAAGUCUGGGAAUGACAAGUGGACUAAGUUAAAAAAUUAUAGUUCUUACAUUGAUGAUAUCAUUGUGUAUAAGGGGAAUUUUCAUGCUGUUGAUCGAUAUGGUGAGACCAUGAAAUUUGAUUCCUCGUUUAAUGAGACGACGGUGGCUUCCAGAUUUUAUGGUGAGACCAUGAAAUUUGAUUCCUCGUUUAAUGAGACGGUGGCUUCCAGAUUUUCCGGUGGUGGUAAGAGGAAGAAACGACUGGUGGAAUCAGGAGGGCAGUUGUUUUUGGUUGAUUAUAGUUCAGAUUUCGGUAAGGAUGCCAGCCGUGAAAUUAAAAUUUACCGAUUGGAUGAAAAACAAUAUGAGUGGAUUGAAGUGAAUACUUUGGGUGAUCGAAUUUUCUUUGCUGUUAAUGACUGUUGCUUCUCUGUUUCGUCGCGUGAUUUUGGUGAUAAGUACGGUAGAGGAAACUGCAUUUACUAUGUAAAAGGGUCGAUGUAUUUUGACGAUGAAGACAGUGACGAUGAUUUUGGUAUGUGUGGUUGUUGUUGCCCUCUUGAUGAUGAUGAUGUGAUUAGCUACCCUAUUAGCAAUUAUGAUGACAAGACUAAUGAAUCUGGUAGCAAAUCAGGUGGUGGUGGUGUGAUCAGCACCAGUAUUAGUAAUGGUGAUCACAGGAUUAAUGCUUCUACUAGCAAAUCAGGUGGUGUUAGAGAGGAACAAGCGGUAGAUAGAUACAAAGGAGUAUUUGAUGAUAACACCUGUGUGUUUACCAUAGAAGAUGGUAAACUUGGAUCGCUGUUAUCAUUCCUUGAUUAUGCAGAAAUUUUAUGGCCACCGCCAUCUUGGCUUAACGGUGAGGAUCAACCUCAUCCACAUGUUCAUGAAAUUGCAGAGUCGUUAUUAUCUAUAAAUAAACAAGGAUGAGACAGCAAGC